AAUCAUGGCUUCUUUCCGGAUGAAUUUUGCCUAGCCAUAUCGAGAAACCUCAACGGCUCCUCGGGAGGUGAAUAUCGUCGAGACAUUACUGGAGAAGUCGUCACCUACGGUCACUCUUGGGUCCAAUUCAAAGUCAAGCGUGUAUUCCGGGCCUCCAGAUCUUUCCGAACGUACGAUCAGUGGAUUCAACUCGGAAUGUUUGUGCGACAGGACUACAGCCGGUCAUCUCAACUAGUAAUCUUUCUCGACUGCCCGGAACAUCUUCGCGACCAAUUCACCGGCAUGUCUGCUUCGGUCGGACAUAUUCAUCCUUUUGGAUGGUAUACAUUUUUUGUCAAGGAGGUUGGGAAGCUGUUCGAUCAAGCGAUCUGGGAAAUACGAGGCAUAGUCUGGGAUAUUGAAGCGUAUCACAAAGAGAUAGAAACCUUUCGACCAGAAUUCCUCUUCCUCCAUGAUAUUGCUCGACACGUUAGCCACUCGAAGGAAAUACUUGAUGUCGCGUUGGAUACUGUCGACAGUCUCAUAUAUGAGAACGAAAUGCUCAAUCAGGCGAACCCCUCUCCUUACACCAAAAGGCCGUGGGACUAUGAUGAUAGCAAACGACAGCUAUAUUUUGGGAGAAAGAGCAUAUUCGCGACAAAGCUUCGCUGUAUGUCACUUAGUGAACGACUCCAGAAUGAGAUCAACUUGGCAUUCAACAUCGUCUCACAAAGAAACAACGAAGUAUCUCUCCAGCUCGCCAAACACUCACUCAGCGACAAUACAAUGAUGAAGACGGUCGCGAUCGUGAGCAUGAUCUACCUACCAGGGACAUUUGUAUCCGGUAUAUUCGGCAUGAGCUUCUUCGACUACAACUCAGACAAGAAGAAAUUAGACGUCGGCACCGACUUCUGGCUAUACUGGAUAGUCACAAUCGCUCUUACACUCGCUACAAUGGGUAUUUGGUUCUUAGUCUUGAACCGGUCCCCGAUCACGCAUUUUGCUAGGAGACUAAGACUGAAAAAUUGA